AUGGGUGGAGAUUACAAACUGGAAGAGGCACACCAGAAGUGCCCACCAUGGUGGUAUAAAUCUGCCCACGCUAUGUUAAUAUGGAACUGUUGCCCGCUUUGGGUGAAGCUAAAACACAUUGUUAAGCUCAUUGUCAUGGACCCUUUUGUUGAUUUGGGGAUCACCAUCUGCAUCGUCCUCAAUACUGUCUUCAUGGCCAUGGAACACUACCCAAUGACCGAAGAGUUCAACAAUGUAUUGAAUGUGGGCAAUCUGGUAUUCACAGGAAUAUUCACAGCUGAGAUGGUGCUUAAAUUGAUUGCUCUAGAUCCUUAUGAAUACUUCCAGCAAGGAUGGAACAUCUUUGACAGCAUUAUUGUUACUCUCAGCUUAGUAGAGCUUGGUCUUGCCAAUGUUCAAGGUCUGUCUGUACUACGAUCCUUCCGUCUGAUGAGAGUUUUCAAGCUUGCCAACUCUUGGCCAACUCUCAAUAUGCUAAUCAAGAUCAUUGGGAACUCAGUAGGUGCCUUGGGAAACCUCACUCUAGUCCUGGCCAUCAUAGUUUUCAUCUUUGCUCUGGUGGGCAUGCAGCUAUUUGGGAAGAGCUACAAAGAGUGUGUCUGUAAAAUUUCCAGUGACUGUACGCUGCCACGCUGGCACAUGCACGACUUCUUUCACGCCUUUCUUAUUGUCUUCCGCAUCCUCUGUGGAGAAUGGAUUGAGACCAUGUGGGAUUGUAUGGAAGUGGCUGGACAGCCCAUGUGUCUCAUUGUCUUUCUAAUGGUCAUGGUCAUCGGGAAUUUAGUG